CGCAAAUACUCGAGCGAGCAAUCACGGCGGGCGUGGCUAACAGAUUUUUGUACGUCUUGUGCGUGUGCUACGCCGCUCAAAGAAGCCCUGCGUCAGCUUAGUGUCUGGAGACGGGAAUCCCGGUGGAGCGCGCUGCUGCUACUUGUCGUUAGAGCGAUUUGAGUCUGGGUAGAGAGAGAGCGCGAGAGAGCGAGGGAAAGAAAAAGAAAAGAGUUGCAGUUUUAAAAAAAAAAUACAACAAACAUUACACUUAACUGGAUACUAUAAAACAAUCGUAACAAUUGAUUUUUUUUUUACUUUGUUGGAUUUACAUUUUAGUCCUGGCAUUUUUCCCCACUUACGGUUUAAUUUGGUACCGAGUAAGUGAGUGAUUGAAUCUGUGAAAGAGGAAUAACGGAAUAACAUUGUUUUUUUAAAAAAAAUUGAAAUAACGUUUUGGACCGGGGGUGAACAGUUUGAGCAUUUCCAACAUGAGUGAACAGAGCAUCUGUCAAGCCCGAGCUGCUGUUAUGGUAUAUGAUGAUGCCAACAAGAAGUGGGUGCCAGCUGGUGGAUCGACUGGCUUCAGUAGAGUUCAUAUAUACCAUCAUACAGGGAACAAUGCAUUCCGAGUGGUAGGCAGAAAGAUCCAGGACCAUCAGGUGGUUAUAAACUGUGCCAUUCCUAAGGGGCUAAAAUACAACCAGGCCACACAGACCUUCCAUCAGUGGCGUGACGCCAGACAGGUAUACGGUCUGAACUUCGGAAGCAAGGAGGAUGCCAAUGUCUUUGCUAGUGCCAUGAUGCAUGCAUUGGAAGUCUUAAACUCUCAAGAUACAGGCCCAACAUUGCCACGACAAAACUCUCAGCUUUCCCCUCAGGCACAGAAUGGUCCUUCACAGGAGGAGCUGGAGAUACAGAGAAGGCAGCUGCAGGAGCAGCAGCGACAGAAGGAGAGGCUGGAGAAGGAGAGGCUGGAGAGACUAGAGAGGCAGAGGCUACAACAGGAGCAGCUUGAACGAGAGCGGCUAGAGAGAGAGCGUCUCGAACGGCUAGAAUGUGAAAGAUUGGAGCGAGAGAGACUGGAGCAUGAGAGGCUAGAGAGAGAGAGACUGGAGCGUGAGAGGCUAGAGAGAGAGAGACUGGAGCGUGAGAGGCUAGAGAGGCUAGAGAGAGAGAGACUGGAGCGUGAGAGGCUAGAGAGAGAGAGACUGGAGCAUGAGAGGCUAGAAGAGAAACUGGAGCAUGAGAGGCUAGAGAGAGAGAGACUGGAGCAUGAGAGGCUAGAGAGAGAGAGACUGGAGCAUGAGAGGCUAGAGAGAGAGAGACUGGAGCAUGAGAGGCUAGAGAGAGAGAGACUGGAGCGUGAGAGGCUAGAGAGAGAGAGACUGGAGCGUGAGAGGCUAGAGAGAGAGAGACUGGAGCAUGAGAGGCUAGAGAGAGAGCGACAGGAGAGAGAACAACAGGAAAGAGAGCAACAGGAGCAGCUCGAAAGGGAGCAGAUGAAUUGGGAGAGAGAGCAAAGGAUGUCCAACACGGCUCCAUCUUUUGACAGCUCGCUCUACAGCACUCCUCCUCCUGUCUACUCCAGUUGCCAGGCUCCUGUCGCACCUCCACCAUCUUACUCCAAAGCCAUCGCUACUCCCGUCUCAACAUUUGUCACAGAGUCCUCUGUUCCUGACUACAUUUCAACAUCUGCCCCCGCUAGCAAUGCCCCACCAACCCCUCCACUACGGCACUCUGCCUCCCGUUUCGCCACUUCCCUCGGCUCUGCCUUCCAUCCUGUGCUGCCUCAUUACGCUACUGUGCCCCGACCUAUCAAUAAAAACCCAGCCCCUCCCUCUCCUGUGAUAGCUCCCCUUCCCGCUGCCCCAUCCGCCAAAUCUAUAGUCUGGUCUGCCACCAAUUUCAGCCCACUCCCACCUUCCCCUCCCGUUAUGAUCAGUAGUCCCCCGGGAAAAGCCACUGGACCUCGCCCGGUGCUCCCCAUUUUAGUCCCCAGCCCCCUCACCCACAAACCCUCCUCUCCGACAGCAGCUAACUGUCCCCCGGACUCCCCUGCUACGGCCCAGCCAGUCCUGUCCCCGUCCAGCAUUGCUCCCCCUCUGCCCCCACCCCCACCCCCUCCACCACCUCCCCCGCCCCUGCCUCCAUUCUCACUGUCCUCUUCUCAAGCUGCAUCUGCUUCUCCAAGCACCCCUGUUGUGUCGACUCCCUCAUCCCAGCCUGGUGUUCUCCCUUCUCCCUCCGCAGCUUCUGCUGAACACUUUCUAAACUCUGUGCUGGGAGACUCCUGCUUUGCUCCAGAGCUGCCACCUGCCUCACUGGAGGCUUCUCAGCUGGCUGAAUCUCAGACCCUUCAGGAUGCUGUCCAAGGACUGCCAGCUCCCCCUCCUCCACCACCACUUCAUCCUGGAGCCACUAUGGCCCCAGUGGCAGGACCCCCACCACCUCCCCCUCCCCCUCCCCCUCCCCCUCCCCUUCCCCUCACCUCUGGACCCCCUCCCCCUCCAGGGCCGCCGCCUCCUCCUCCCUGCCAGGCCCCUCCCCUAGCCCCACCUCCACCCCCGGCUCCGCCUCUCCCUGCUGCUGGGUUCUCACCAGUCUCUGAGGAGAACCGCCCGCUAGCUGGAUUAGCAGCUGCAUUAGCUGGAGCCAAAUUACGGAAAGUGCCAAGGAAUGAAGACGUAUCCAAUCCUGUUGCUGCAGGUGCCAUAAGUUCUGCAUCCACUCCAUCGAAAGCAGAGUCCAGUCGUGGAAAUGGACCCCUUUCAGUAGGAGGUGGUGGUCUGAUGGAAGAAAUGAGUGCCUUGUUGGCCAGGAGGAGAAGAAUUGCUGACAAGGGAUCCACACCUGAACCAGAACAGAAGGACAAAAAUGAUGAGUCUGAAGUUACGACCCCUAAACUCCCUGCAACAAGCACACCAGACAUGGCCAGAAAGCCUUGGGAAAGAACAAAUACCAUGAAUGGUAGCAAAUCACCUGUUAUAAAUAGACCGAAAUCCACACCAACGGUAACUGGGUCCCUAAGUGCCAAUGGGGUGGCGACAGAAGGGCUGGACUAUGACAGAUUGAAACAGGAUAUUUUAGAUGAAAUGAGGAAGGAACUGACAAAACUGAAAGAGGAACUUAUUGAUGCAAUCAGGCAGGAACUGAGCAAGUCAAACACAGCAUAGAAGGACAUGAGGUCCCUGCAGAUUUGCCCCUUUUGACCAGACACAUGAGCUUCACUACAAUUAUGACUAACUUUAUUUAAGAGGGGAAAAAAAGAAAAGUGAGCAGAAAGUUGUGCAAGAAGGAAGACAUCACACUACAUUCUGGAGACUCAGAGGGCUUCUCAGUGCAGCAACAAAGUGCUUUUUUUUCUCUUGAAGCUUGCUGCUUUUUUCUGACUUUCUUGCCAGAGAGUGGGAAAUAGUCUUAAAGUUACUGUUAUUUGCAAAUAUUCCAUUCUUUGUAGAGAAAACAGGAUAACAAUGUGAUACAGUCGUUCACAUUAAUGAAGACACAAAUUUGCACAUACUUCUGAAUUCUUUGCAAAAGGCACAUUUGGAGGGGCUGUUUUAGUGUGCGCCUCUAGAGGAAGGCUUUUGUUUCUAGAAGGACUAAAUGGUUGGUUUUGGUCUUCUGCUGCAGGGCUCCAUGAAGCUUGUCUUCUUGAAAUACUCUUUCCUGAAUAAGUACAUUAAAUAUUUGGAGUUGUUCAUUAAUGUUUGUUCUAAUGUUAAAACCAUGGCAUAUUGGGUAGCUUUUUGGGAUCUAUGAGAUGCCUAGUCUGUAGGGUUUUUGGCUUAACAUUCUGAGAAUUUCCAGGACUUUAUGCUAGAAAGCCUAACUCAGGUUAGCCUACAUAUUACGUUUAUUUUGUUUGUUUUGAGAUGUUUAAUUAUGAGGGGUCAGGUGAUCGCAGAAGUAGAUGCCUUCAUACAUCACUAUACCGCUUUACCAAAUCUGAGACUCCAUUAUACAGAUCAGUAGCCAAUAUUGUAAAUCAUGAAAGUAUUUGUAGAUAAAGCUUUUUUUGUUUGUUUUGUUUAGUUUCUUUUCAAAUGUAGUGCAUGUCAAAUUUUCUAAUUGUAUCAUCACCACAAAAAAUGUGCUAGUUUAUAAGCAAUAAGUGUAACAUCAUCAAGUUGCCUUUUUAAGUUCAUCACAGCUCCUGUCUUUAAGAAUGUGUUUUUGUUAGUUUCUUUUUUGUUUUUCUUUUUGUUCCAGAGCCUAGAAUGUGUUCGUAUUUUUUUUUCCCAAAAUAAAUGUAUUUACAUUAAAGUA